GCGGUAGAUUUGGCACUUUUAUGGACAGCAAGUUGACUAUUUCUAAGUAAAAAGCGAAGAAUCGAUGGAUUUAACCGUCAUACGAGAUGGCGGAGCCCAAAAGGAUUCAAUUGACGACAGUCACUGCAGUUGAGAAGGAAAAGAAGAGUAAAUCAACGCCGAAAACAAUACGUAUCAACCUGACACUAAAGGACUCGACUGAUACAACAUGUCCCGAGUUUUCCUACACCGAAUUAACGAGAAAUGAAGGGGGGGAUGUGUCACAAGAUGGAAGCUCCACCUAUCCAUUUGGUGAUGAAGAUGAUGAUGGCAAAAUGGCUGCAAUUGCCAGAGCAUAUGAAGAAAAAUAUGCACCAAAGCCUAAGAAGUGUAAGAAAGGUGGAUAUAAGGAUCAUUUAGAAGAUUUAAUAGAUCUUGGUGAAGGAUACGAUGAAGAUGAUCCAUUUAUAGAUAAUGCUGAAGCAUAUGAUGAGGUUGUACCUGUAUGUAUGACAACUACAUUAGGUGGUUUCUAUAUCAAUUCUGGUUUAUUAGAUUUUAAAUAUCAGUCGGAAGAUUCUGUUGAUGAAUUCCGAUCAGAUACGUCUUUAAAGAAGAAGAAAAAAGUCAAGCAAAUUACAUCAGAUACUGAUAGUGAAGUUGGAGACAAGAAGAUUGUCAAGAAGAGAAAAUUGAAGGAUGCCGAAGGUGGUUUGAAAAAGAAAAAACGUCUGUUGAGUUCUGAUGGAAAGAAAAUAAACAAAACUAAAUUAGGCAUGAAAUUUAAAAAAAAGACGUCGCCUACAGUAGCAGAACUUCUAAAAGACCAGAGAGUUUCGACAUCUCCUAAUGGUAUUACAACAAAUGGUGAUACACCAGUACGUGGUGGUGAUGGACGAGGUGAUGCUAAUUCUAAUCCUACUAUUGGAUCAACUAUUGAUUCUCUAUUAGAACAAGCCAUGAAAGAUGAUUCUAGUCAAGAUCUAGAAGAAAAUGAUAAAUCCGGUGUACCAGAAUCUAUAACAGCGUUACCAUCCAAUAUACCCGAGUCUCUUCUACAUAUGGUUAACUCUAUUAAACUGGCCGCCAUUAAAUCAAGUGAAGGCAAAUGUAAAUUUUUUACAAAUGAAGUUAAUAACAUGUUACUAAGUAUUGAAGUAGCAACGAGACAGUUAACAUGUGGACAGCGUUCUAGUAUAUAUGGUCAUUUAGCAGCUUAUCUCCCCUGUAGUAAAGAAACGCUGUUAAAACGAGCAAAGAAGUUGAGACUUAACGAAGUAGACGACAAAUUACGAGACCCCAUCAAUAAUUUACGUGAGGCUAUAAAUAAAGUGAUGCCAGCGUUAAUGGAUAUGCAUGAAGCAGAAUGUCAGUUGACUUUACUUGCUAGACAAGAAGGUAAAGAACGUGGCGAAGGAGAGAUAAAAGAAAAAGAAGAUGGAUCAACAGAAAGUGAUGAAGAGGAUAAAUCUAAUACAGUUGAUGGAGAAAAGAAGAAAAGGAUUAUGGGACCUCGUAAGAGGUUUGAGUGGUGUGAUGAAACCAGGAAAUGUCUUUUAGAGGUUGUGAAAGCUAAGAUGCAGUGCUAUGAUAUGUUGAAAACCAGAAUGCAGUCACCAGAGGAAUACCUUCGAACAUUUUUAGAUGCAGAAAUAAAGCCAUUAUGGCCACCAGGAUGGAUGCAAACGAGGAUGUUGUACAAAGAGAGUAAAGUUGUACAUGCUCCGUGGACAAACCCAUUAAAACACAAGAAGACCGUUACAAGUAACAAACAGAGUAAUAAUACGUCGACAAAUAUUGUGUCUAAUAUCGUUAACAAAGUUAUAUCAUCUGUAUCUAACGAUGGUGAUAAAUCAACAAACAAUUCAAACGUGAUUGAAAUAUCCAAUGACAUUUCGCGAAAUAGUGUUCCGACGUUGUUAGAUUAUGCGGAGAAGACCUCUCCCAUUAAUAAACUAUCUCCAAACAUCAGUCCUACUUCUAAUCCCCUGCUAUUAAGUGCUACGAGAAACCCUUCAAAACCACAUCCUGGUUAUACGGACAUGUCCAAAUCGAAAGACAAUUCCAAACACCAUCUUGUGUCGGAAAUACUACAAAAACCAUUAUCUGUUGUAACAAGCAAUCCGUCACCCAGUUCUCUCUUGUCAAGUUCUCCGAAAAGUCCACAUCUCACCAAUCCAAAUCCGAAAGAAAGCAAUUUUUUCAUGGAAUUCCAAAAACAUUUAUCAAAACAGUUAUCUCCAAACUCUCAAGAUAGGCAUGGUUUAAGUCCAUCCGGUGUGACCUCCUCGGCUGCCUCAUCUCCAUCAGGAGUAUCAGUAAAGCCUCAGUUUAAGAGUCCACAAAAUAAAGUAGUUGAAAUAUCUUCAGUAAACAAAGGACAAAAAGAACAGUUUAAAUCCAAUGAAGCCAUGCAAAAGCAAUAUCAAGCUCAAAUGAAUAAAGCCAGACAGGUGGCAGCCCAACAGAAACAGACGGAUCAACAGUUAUUAGCCGAACUUCAGUUUCAAAAGGCUUAUCUGGCCAGUGUUCAAAGUAGUUCAAAAUCCACACCACAGAUUACCAUGAAACAGUUUUCUCCCAAGACCACAAGUCCAGUUCAGAGCCAGAAAUCCUCUACUUCAGGUCGUGAUCAGAUUUUGGCUCAAAUUCAAGCAGAACUGGGUCGCAAUGAAACAAAGUUGAAAUUCAAACAGCCUGAAUCUAAAACUUCACAGAAGAUAAUAGAGGAUGCUGUUAUGCAACAGAUGUUUAAACAACCUCUACCAGCUAGUUCAGGCAAUCCACAGAGACCACUAUUACAGCAAGCUCUACGUGCUUCACCAGUAUCAGCAACAGGAACAAGUCCUACCAAUAACAACAACUCGGUACGCCAACCACCUGUUUCUGCACAUCACCCACCUAGCUCAUCACGGCCUAUGACUUCUCUUUUGUCUCCUACCUCUCGAAAUAUUACAGUUGAUCUCACUGCUGAAAGCCCACCUAAAAUGAAAACCUCGCCCACUCAUAUGACUGUUAAGAGAACCUCUCCCACCAAUCAACAAAGACAUGACAUAGGUCAUGCUGUGUCUGCACAAUCUGCUCACCGUCCAGGUUAUGUUGUGACUUCAUCAACUGGUAAAGAUAGUGUAAGUGAUUGCGCUAUGAUGGGAAAAGUAUUCAUGCAGCCAAUUUCUACUCAACAGUCUCCAGUGCGUCAUAGUUCUGGACUGUCGACCAGUGCUAAUAAAAAUAUGCAGGACCAGUGGAAAGCAGCGUUCGGUGUUAAUCUUGGAAAAGGAAAUUCGUCGGCUUUUAGUCCACCUGUGUCAAUUUCUAAAACAGUAGCUAGUAAUGUUAGUAAAAUGGCUGACCCUACAUAUAUGGGUGCUGCACCAAGUUUGACUUAUAAUGAUGUUUGUGAAUUACUCGGUGUACCUUCAGGUCCAACCGGACAUCAAGGUAAUGUAUCAUCUCAACAAACAGCUAUGUACAGUCAUUCUCCGAAUCAACAAGUAACAUACAGUAAUACCGGUCAUAAUCCAGGCUUGCUUUAUCAACAACAGCAUCAUGGCAGCACAGCUAAUAUGUUGUCGUCAACUUUACCUUACGGACAUUUACCUUAUACAGAUACCUCACAGAAACCUCAUGGACAGUAAUAUGCCUUUUGAUUGGUUGAAUUAUCUAUAAGAACAGCAGCCAUUAACUGAGAAAGAGACGAUGCCAUAUUGACCUCAACAUAGUAAUAGAUGUAGUCGUAACUCUAGUCUAGUUUCCGUACAUUCCCCCUAUCAUAUAUAUUAAUAUUUUCAUGUAUUUACUGUUUAUAAGAACUAUGAUCAAACUUGAUUCUAAUCCGCAAUUACGAACAGACCUGGAAAUAACGGUUUUAGAUGUACAUGACAAAAUGUCAGGCACUAAUGAAAUAGUACCUGACAUUUUCUGCAUUUUCAACUUAGUGCCAAACAUGUAUUAAUAAUAUCAAUAAAAAAGACAAAUCAGUGCCGGACAAAAUGACAGGCACCAGAGGUUUAGUGCCUGAUAAAGCCUGAAGCUGUGGCUGACAUUGUCUGUAACAGGUGCCUUAUUUCCAGGCUUGAUUGUGAAUUUGAAAUGGUUAACUGAAAUAUGUUGAGAGAUAAUCCCCAGAUAUUGGUAUAAAUAGGCAUAAUUUUAUUGUAAUAAUUGUGUAAUAUUUUACAUCAAAACAGAGUAAGUAAAUUUAUAAUUACAUGUUGAGGUAGGCUUUAUCAAUCACACUCAUAUUUUUGUACCUUUUUAUGUGGUCGUAUAUUGUUGUCGCCCCUGUCCGUCCGGACGAAGAAUCCUAUAGCUUUUCAAUGAUUUCCGAUAAUUACUGCCAGAGAUAUGGUCCUUGGUCACUCUAAAAAAUCUUGUGAACGCUCUGGAGGUCAAAAUUAACAUCUGAUUGAUUUUAAAUUUAUACACAGUGUUAUGGUCAUAAAAUGAAGAAGCCUAUUGAUUUUCAAUGAUUUCCGAUAGUUACUGCCAGAGUUAUGACCCUUGAUCACUUUGACGCUGUAGAGGUUGUUAAUCAGAUUUCAGUGUGUUGUAAAUGUUUCCAUUAGUUAGAAAAGAAAUAAUAUAUGACAACCCUUGUUGAAUGCCCGGACGACUUAGCUGCUGUGGGUGUAUGUUUCAUUGCCUGGCAACUUAUCUUUUGACUAUUUAAAAACAAAAUUCUUGGUCUGAUUUUUUACGGCUAAAAUUUGUGACAUGAUUCUAGCCUCUGAUAAUGGAUGAUCAAGUUGUAGAAAAUGUCAGAUAUUUUAUUUCUAUAUAAAAUUGUACGUACAUGUAGUUGAACCAUUGGCAAUACAGAACACUUCAUUUAAUAACAAUGUCUAAAUGUAUAUAGGGUCUGUGCUCAAGGGAAGCAGGGACAGAGAUACUUAAAACAAAUAGUUUACAGUUUGGGGUUGUAAAUAGUAACAGGUAUUAUGAAAUGCUGAUGGUUUAACUAAUGUUAUGUUUGAGUAUUAUAGAAACUUUUGGCAAGUGUGUCCGUGUUGAUUUUGCGUGUGACAUCAUCAAUGCAUGUGUAUUUCUCAUACGUGAUACAGCACUAAAUAUUUUAAAAAGCUCAGUGACUGUCGAGCGACUUUACUGCCUUCAGGAUUUUGUAGGCUAGACACUUGACUAGUAGCGAUGGUGAUCUUGAUAGAUAUCUGCCAUCAUGCUGUAAUAGAGCUCAGCUGAGCUACCCAUAUGUACGUGGCGCGAAGAUCUGCAUAAACUCUAAAACAACAUUGAUGCAACGUGAUAUGGAUGGGAAAAAUUCCACUUGGCAAAAGUCUCUAAUAUUUGGUUUAGAGUUGAGGACUAGAUUUAGAAUAUAUCUUUAUCAGAGGUUGAUAGAAUGAAAAACCCAUCUUUUACUGUAUAACUACUUUGUGAGGAUAUCAGUUCUAGUAUUGAUUAUGUUGCCAUAUUUGUCUAUAUGUAUAUUUUUAUAUGUUGUCUGUUUCACUAUAUAAAUUAGUUGACAGAAAUUAAUUAAACCAAAUAAUAACCUGUGAAACCUUGAAUAAUACUCCCAUCUUUCUUUAAAAUGCCACAUUUUCGUUCUUCAGUUAUUCUCGUCUUGUAUAUUUUAUAAAUUAGAUUGUUUUUGUCAUGUUUUUGUUAAUCUUCAAUAAAAUGUAAUUGAAUUGUAAAUAAUGGACCUAAUAGAAUAACCAAUGAAACUUAUUAUGCAACUUAAAUAAUAAUAAUAAUAAUAGUGGUUUGUAGUGAAGAGAUAAGAAUGAAAUAUUUUUCUUUACCCAUAAGUGAUGAUGAAUUUGUUAAACCAGUUGUUUAGAAAAACUUUGGGUGAAUAAAU